AUGGCCUCGAUUCUAAAUGUGUGUAUCAGACUUUUGCUUGCAAUUAUUGUGGCCACUCAAAGUUUAGCAGUGAAUCAAUGUGGUGAAAAUGAACAAUAUGGUUGCGGUUCCGUGUGUGUUGAAACAUGUGACUACAAGCCUCAAAUAUGUAUUCUAAUGUGUCGAUUCGGUUGUUCUUGUAAAGAAGGAUAUGUACGAGAGUCGAAUGAUACGGGAAGUCGUUGUAUCAAACGGGAAGAAUGUAAACCAAUAGAUGUUCACAAUUGCGGUGAGAAUGAAGAAUUUCGAACAUGUGGCUCUGCAUGUCCACCUACGUGUAACGAUUGGUCGUAUCCAAUUCCAAAGCCAGUUAAAAUAUGUCCAAAAAUAUGUGUUGAAAGCUGUUUUUGCAAAAACGGCUUGUAUCGUGCGAACGAUGGUAGAUGUGUAAAACGUGAAGAGUGUUGUAGCAAGAACGAGUUAUUCAUGGAAUGUGGUAUAGCGUGUCCCGAAACGUGUAAUGACAGGCCCAAAAUUUGUACUGAGCAAUGCGUCGCGGGAUGUUUUUGUCGUAACUCUGAUUAUUUACGCAUAAACAACAGCACUGCGAGUUCUUGCGUUCGUCGUAAUGAGUGUCCAAAAUAG